GUAUUUACACAGUCGUGAUUUUGCACCAACAAGACCGUACUCGUUUACACGUAUUUAUGGCAAUACAUCGACGUACACACCGCCAAUGCUUGCUGCUGAAACACGUAGAUUAACACAACGACGUAAUUAUACAGGUUAUACAUAUAUUGGAGCGGAACAUAGCUACGAUAUAACAUCACGUCCAUAUUCACUUGAUUAUCGCUUCAGGCGAUCUCAUGUUUUCAGGUAA